UUUCCCUUUCCCCGCCAGCUGAGAGCUCCCCAUCCGGCGUUAGAAGUUCUCCAGUUUUUUAGAGCCUCCAACUCCCGGCAGCAUGAACUCCUUAGGCCUUCCUCUUCCGAAGCCCCAUCUCUCGCACCAAACCCUAAUUUCAAAUUCCAAAACCCUAAUUCCAUUCCAGCAAUGGCGCCUGCGCUCCCAAUCCUCGAAGGGCUUUCCCUUCCUAAGACGCAAGCGCACUCGAAUCCAUGCGACCACCGCUCUCCUCCAGCGUUCCGAGCACGACGUUGUCGUCGUUGGCGCAGGGAUCAUCGGACUCUCCAUAGCCCGCCAGCUGCUGCUCGAAUCAGACCUUUCCGUCGCCAUCGUGGACGCCGGCCUGCCCUGCUCUGGCGCAACUGGCGCCGGCCAGGGGUAUGUUUGGAUGGCGCACAAGACUCCUGGCAGCGACAUUUGGGAGCUCGCAAUGAGAAGCAAGUACUUAUGGGAGGAGCUUGCGGAGAGUUUGCAACGGAGGGGAUAUGAUCCCUUGCAAGUGCUUGGGUGGAAAAAAACUGGAAGCUUGUUAAUUGGUAGAACAUCGGAAGAACUAGCCAUCUUGGAGGAAAGAGUCAGGCUUCUUUCUUACACUGGGCUGAGAGUAGAAUUCUUGUCUUCGAAUUCUUUGCUUUCUAGGGAGCCAUCACUUGAAGUUGGAAAAGAAGGUGGUGCUGCAUUUUUUCCAGAUGAUUGCCAGAUAGAUGCCUUUAAUACUGCUAGUUUCAUUGAAAAGGGUAAUAAUUGCUUUGCCUCUAAAGGAAGAUACGCUGAAUUCUACAAUGACCCUGCAAAAUGCUUAGUCAGAUCAGAAAGAAAUGGAGAAGCUGAAGCUAUUCAGACUUCUAAGAACAUCCUGUAUUUUAAGAAGGCUCUUGUUCUUGCGGCAGGUGCUUGGAGUGAGUGUUUGAUGAGAAGCCUUUUUGUUGAGACCGACAUUGUCCCAGUACCUGUGAAGCCCAGAAAGGGACACCUAAUUGUUUUAGAGAAUUUCAAUGGCAUUCAACUGAACCAUGGCCUAAUGGAGGUUGGGUAUAUGGAUCAUCAGUUUGCCAGUUAUCAGCCAGUUGACAAUAAGCAGCACUUUUCCUCUGUUUCAAUGACAGCCACAACUGAUAUGAAUGGAAAUCUUGUUUUGGGAAGCAGUCGCCAAUUCUCUGGAUUUUGCAAACAAGUAGAGGAACCAAUAGUCAAGAGUAUUUUAGAGCGUGCAGCUGAAUUUUUUCCAACUUUAAACAAUCUUUUUCUCAAGCUAAAUGAAAAUGGAAAGAUAAGAGUAGGAUUUCGUCCAUAUAUGCCUGAUGGUAAACCGGUGAUAGGGCCCAUUCUCAGAUUUCCAAAAGUUUUCCUAGCUACUGGACAUGAAGGAAGUGGACUCUCAUUGGCACUUGGAACUGCUGAAAUGGUUGCUGAUAUGAUCCUUGGUAACCCAAGCAGAGUUGACUGCAAGCCCUUCUCAGUAGAAGGCAGGUUCAGCCAUUGAGUUCUUAAAAGGUACUUAGAAUAGAAUCAGUGAUUGAUCACAGUAGAUCAUGACAGGUCGAAUUCCAGGUUCUGAGUGAACCUGAAACAUGUUUUAUUUGAAGUCAAAUAAUGAUCUUUCUAAUGAAAUUUUUAGAGUUGGAAGUUAAUUAAAGAAAGCCUUUUUUUUGUCAUUGAUUUUUCAUGUCAUAGUUGAACAUGUCUAAUAUUGUAUGCUGUACAGGAAUGGCAAGACAAUAUUUAGGGGCCGUUUGAUCAACUUUUUUUUAAAAAAAUAGAAUUAAACAUA